CACAGGCAGAUGCAACAAAAUGCUGGCGGUGAUCAUGAGGUUCGACCUGUGCAAUAUUCUGCGCAGAAUGCAUCGUCAUCUAGACGUAUGCGGAUGCCACCUCGUUCUGUGACAGACAUUCUGGCCGACCCAACAUCUAACAACUUGAAGACGUCUUUUGGACACAGAGGCUCAGCCACAAUGGGCAUCAUUUAUGCAAUCUAUAGAUGGUAUAUUCCGCGUCUGAACAGACAGAGCGAUCGAACGCACCUAGAGCGCUCGCUCGAGACGGAAAUAAGGCGACGUGUACAGAUAAAAACGAGCUCACGGACGUUGCUUAUCAAACAGCUGUAUGGUUGCUCCAAUCGGCUGCAGACGUCGACUGGUCCGAGUUCUCUCGGGUCCGUGCAAAUGCCAGUUACGCUAGACAGAUCGCCGGCAGGAAGAACGAGGAGCAAAGGAAAGGCUUGAAGACUACUCACGCGAGCGUCUUCCCAACCUGCAAGUACAAGCCGUCCCCCAUACUGGCGUAUCUUCACUCGGAUCUCCACCUACACCGACGUGCAAUGCAAAAAUGGAAGAGACUGUCAGAAGAUGAACGUCAUGAAGCCGAAUGAGAGAGUUUGACGGAGCAAUGUUACGGAUAGCAUCGCUGUGCAGCGAAAUACGAAGCACAGUUGUCGGAAGUUCCAAGAGGAUAGAACUGGACUUAAAGGAUCCGGACAGAGCUCAUACUCCUUGGUUUCCAGAGGUAUCAUAAUGAACGAUUGCAUGUAUAUGCCGAAAGCCUCCUCCACGCAGCGAUCAUUGCUACCAAUGCUCCCAUUCCGUUAAAGUUGUAAGCCUUUUGAAGAUCAUUUUUUUCAUGGAUUUAUCAUACUUUGAGGCAUGAACCACUUUAUGGAUAGCUGAUACAGCACGCAGUGGAAUAUACAAGUGUUAUUCGUUAUUUAUGAGGCCAUC